CAAAUUCUCAAUCGAUUAAUAAGUUUACGAUGCAUAUACUUUUUUAUAGCCUAACAAUUUGCAUACCGAAUCCAAAAUAUUGCCUAAACGCUGUAAACAAUUACUAAGAAAAAAUCAUUUAAAGCGUGUCUAGUGAAUGAGGAGCUAAAAUAGAAGAACUGUAUAGGUAGAAACGGUUUAAUCAAUUACUUUGCUUAAAUGGAAAAAUAUCCACCGUUUAUGUGUAUUCUUGGCCCACUCCACCUCAUAUGUUGCUUUGUUAUAAACAUAUAAAGAGAAUAGAUAACAAAGGAUGGAAGAGAAGGAAAAAACAAGAAUAAACAGAUUAGGCUCCCCUCUUUCGUUUGUUUUUUCAAAGGCUUUCCCAUUGUAUAAUUUGAUAAGGUGGGAAAUAAUAGAGCAAAUCACAGCCUGGGAUUAAUUAUUAACUCUUAUCAUCUAAGCUACUAGCGAGUGAUACACAUGCAUGUGAUAUAUGUCGUGGUUUUUUUCAUGCCGUGUGUAAUAAUAUUCUCCAAGUGGUCCUCAACUCCGUUACAACAAAAAAUGGAUAAGCAUUUUGGUACCUCUUACACACGAAAAUGUUUACAUGAUUUUAGUUAUCACAUAUUGAAUGUAAAAAUAAAGUUUCGUCUAAAUCUAUCUCUAUGUUAAUAACAAAAAUUAUAUUUAUUAUUUAUUUCUUGAGAAAGAGAAAUUAGUCUCUAUAUUUUCUUCCCUCCUCUGUUACAGCAACAAGCAAAGAAGCUCCCUAACAAAAAGCGAGCAACUCGUAUUUUCUAUCACUAACGUGUAACGUAAAGUUUAAACGUUUCACAUAUAUAUAUUAUAUUCGAGAAGUUUGACGUUGCAUAUAUACUAAUAUGAUAAUAACCCGCCAAUAUGUAUGCAGUUUAACAGUAAAAUAGUAUUGUUUUCUUAAUUCAUUUUCAUUAUGCAUAUCAAGCGGUGACUUGGAUCAUUCAUGAAUUUCUCGACGAAGGACAAAAUCAUACAGCCAAGUAUCAUAAUUUACAAGACAACAAGUGUAUCGGAGCCACAAUACACGUUAGACUUCAUUGACAUUGUUAGUCGUCACUAUCCAACAUUUUCAUCACUUGUCUUUUGUGACUUGUCUUAAAUCACUUAAAUGAAUAUAUGUUUUUUUUAUAAAACAAUGUAACCAAAUUUUUUUCUUAAAAAAGCCCCUUCACUUAAUGGUUUCUAGGCCUAAUGGUUUCCACUCAGACUCAAUCACACAACAAGUAAGAGAGAAAAAUAAUCUCCUACUUCUCUCUUUUCUCUUACUAAAAACAUUUGUUUGCUUAUCAUUAAAAAAGUCUCCCAUAAAAAAAAAGAAAACGAUGGCCAUGAUGAGUAAACGUUGCAGUCACCUCUUAAGUCUACUGUUCGUCUCUACUCUUCUGAGCUUCCCUUUCAUAACCAUAUCGGAGACGCCGUGUCCGUACCCUUGUUACCCUCCUCCAACUGGAGGUGGCUCAACUCAACCGGCCGGUUAUUACCCUCCUCCAACUGGUUAUUAUCCUCCUCCAACCGGUUAUUACCCUCCUCCAACUGGAAAUGUACCCAACUACCCUUCUCCACCGUACGUCGGAGGUGAUUCCGGUGGCGGAUAUUACGGUCCUCCACCGCCUGACCCUAUCUUGCCUUACUUCCCGUUCUACUACAGAAAGCCUCCUCAUCAGACGGAUCAGUCAUCAUCUUCAUCUGUUUCUGUGGGAUCAACGGUCAAGAUUGUAACGGUGGCAAGUGUUCUUGCGUUGCUUUUGGGAUAUAAGUGCAAUACAACCAAUGUGGAGAACGUCACUUUCGGUUGGUGUGACUUUGUAGGUGGGUGUUAUGGAAUGGACUAUUGCACUUAAUUCACGUUAAGACUUUUCUUUAUAUGUAUAAAUAAACAUUCUUAAAAUAACACAAACACUACACAAAACUUCUGAUUUUAAAAACUACCUCGACUUUGUAAACAAUAAAGCUUAGAACCAUCAUAAAUUUUAAGGUUAACAACUGUUUUUAAAAGUUUAGUAUAAUUCUAAAUCAUUUGAAACUCCUUCCUAGAAUUUUAGUAACUACAUCUUCCGGAAUUCUUGAAAAUUAACGAUUGUAUAUACUGAUGAUUUGAAAAACAGACUAUGUAGUAUCUUCGAAUCUUGAUUAUUGUGUUUUUUCUCCUGUCACUAAACAUGCUUCAGAACUUGCCAAGCUAUAAUCCCUCUUCAACUUGUACACUUUAAAAAAAAUGGUUGGUCUUUGUUCAAAGGGACUACCUGUUUUGUAAACUUCAAUAGGUCAGUUCAAAAUGAACAUAACUAACAAAAAUUAUGUCUAUGGAGGAGGCAUAGAUAAUCCA